AGGAAGUUUAUAUUGGGAAGAUAUUUUGUUAGAACAAUUAGAACAAUUAGAACAAUUAAAGUGUGUCUUGUUAGAUUUAUAUGAAUACAAUUAAAUCAUAUUACGAUUGUAAUAUUCUGUCGAGUUUAAAAACACAUUGUGUUGGUUGUAUAUUCUGUUUGGCUAGGAUUAUGAAUAAGUCAUAUUAAGAUAUGCGACAGAUAGUGGGAGAUAAUUAAACGGAAACUUUUCUGAUUGGAUUGGUCAAACGAUGUAUGCACGGCUUCUUAUUUGUUAUUUGACACUCGGUGGAUUAGUGGGAAUAAUGGGACUAGCGCUGCAACAGUUAAAUGAUGAUAUACGAAAUAAUACGCCAGCAUAUAGAGAAAUAACAUCAGAUCGAAAUGAGCCAUAUUCGACAAAAGGAGAUAAAUCUCACGAUGGCUUGUCAAAGAAUGAAGUGUCAUUGAGAUCAAGUACAAAAGACAUUGGACUAUUUCAACUAAAUAAUACCUUGGAUGAAACGGAAAACCGUGCUAUCAGAAGAAACUCAAUUCCUUUUAACAACUUCACGGACAAUAAGGAAUGUGUAAUGAAAGUCGAAAACUGUUCUUUGAAUACUUUUGCUUAUAGUAUAUGGAGAUUCCAGUCCAAUUACGUCUUUAUAGGACUCAAACAGAGGAACAAUUCUGGUAUAACGAUAAAAAGCAACCCUGAUGUGAUAAACGGGGACAUCUGGAUCUGGACAUUUUGGGGUAAGGACGGAGCCCAGGAGUUCUUGAGAUGGCCCAUCGAGUUUGGAAUAUGGUCAUUGGGUAUACUGUAUCAGUCCGUUCUGAGACAUCCUAAAGUGCUACCAGUGGUUUUGACACGAGUCAGUGGUGAUUGCUCCAACCUGACGGUUGGAAAUAAAGAAGAUGAUCGGGCGAUUAGUAAGGCGCUGAAUGGAAUCACUCUUGCGCUGAUGAGCAAUUUAUCGGAUGGGGAAAAGUACGGACCAAGUUACUAUUGUUACACAAGAAAACGAGACGUAACAGAGUACAUGAAAGUGAUAUGUGAAAACAUUGUAUGCCCAUUCGGAGGUAUUGAGCAAGUUUGCUGCGAUUACAGAUUCGACAAAACAACGAUGAAACGUAAUAUUACCUGUCCAGAAUAUGAGUUCAUGUAUGACACUAUUUCGUGGAUUGUUCCAAUAAUGUUGGCCAUUAUUCUAUUUGUUUACUUUCCAAUACCUCUGUUGCUUGUCGCGUACAAAAUAUUUGACGAUUCUCGCUCGACCUAUGUGACACCAAGACUUAAUGGACAAGUUAUUAAUGAAUCAGAAGACGGAUACCAAGAACAAGGAAUGGGCGGACACUGUCACAAUACCGAGAUCUAUUUACUAGAGGGUUAUAAACAUGUCAGUUUUUUUCAAACGCUAUUCAUGCCCCUUGCUACUAUAAAGAAAGUCACUGUAACGUUACAAACACGUUCCAUGUGUGUGUUCUUUGGUAGAUUAACCAGAGCAGCUUUUCCAAUUGUCACUCUGUGUAUAAUUGGUCUUCAGGCAUUCGUUGAUUCCUCAAAUCUGCUAAGUUUCAUUACAACGAGUGUGAAAUUGGGCGUACCAUAUGGGCUGCGGUCAAUAAUCACGGGCUACGAAGUGAGUAGAACCAACUUUCUACCCUUUCUUGGUGGUCCCUUUGUAGCCCUUGCUUGCUAUGUUGUAGUCACCUCAGUUCUGCUUAUGAUUCCAAAGUCUAUCCCAGAGUUUCUCGCCAAAGGUCUGAGACCAACAAUAUAUGGUCCAUGCGCAAAUGUAAGUGAAUCAGAAUUAUCUCCCAUGAGUGAAAGUUUGAAAAUCGUCAAACGUUUUGGAUCACUAAGUUUGGCUGACAAUUCAACUGGAUAUUUGUUAUUGUAUCGUUUUACAGUUUCACAGGUACUUAUGGUGUUGAAUAUUAAUUUCUGGAAGACAUCCAUUGCUAUUCAGAUCGCUCGGUGGCAAAGAAUUUACAACAGAUGUGGCUGCUGUUGUAUUAUAAUUUUUGCUCCCGUUUACCUUGCCAUAUGCAUCGUAGAAUUGGUUUUGACAUACGUUAUCCACGGUCUCCCAAUAAUAUCUUUCGGACGUCUUGUCAUAUCAAGCUAUUGUUCUGCUUUACCUCUGCCUAAAAGAAACCCGAUAUACCUGAUUCUAGCGCACUUCAUAAAACUUUUGACCUUCAUAGCAGUUCUUUUCUUUCUGUAUAUGUUGUGCGCAGUCUUUCUAGAAACCAUUUUAUUCAUCACAAGAAUUUGCGUAUUCUCUUACACGGCAAUGAUUCUUGAACCUAAGAUAGCAUAUGGAUACCUUAUUUUCUAUUUCACUACUGUUUUCUACCUAUGGGACGCUAUAAACGACUUCUCCCUUUGCUACGACCGCCUGUUUCACGACUCAAUCAAGGCCGCAAUGUACGUUCAGAGAUCACGACGAUCCAGGGAGGAUAGAUUACUUUGCAAGGUGAGAAGGCGGCGUGGAAUAAGACAAAGCAUUUUUGAAAUAAUCAUAGAAGAACACAACCCUCGUAGAAGACAAAUGACAACUACUUGUCUUAAACUUGCAAUAAUUGUCUUGCUGAUGUCAAUGGCGAUUGAUUUAUUGAUAACGACAGACAAAUUCAAAGACUUACAUACGAUCAUGCACGUAGGCACAGCCAUCUUUGUGUGCGCCAUGCCGCAAAUAUUGAAACGGAUGUGUCACCAACGGGCGAGCAAACUGCUGCGGAUACAGUUCAGGGAAAAACUUGCGGACACCAUAAUGUCACAUCUUGGAUAUAUUUCUUACAAUGAGGAAACAUCGGGCGACAGUGAGGAGGGCUGUUCUAAUUGAUAUCAGCACCUGCACACUCAUUAGAACUGCUUUGUUUUCACUGUUCGUCCCUAGGCGGCUAUCCCAACUUAACCAAUAAAUAUAUUUUGAUCAUUUGUUCAAAGUUUACAUUGGUAGACAUUUACAGUGUGAAAAUAACCCACACCUGUUCAUAAAUUAAUUUAUUGUUGUUAUUAGUUGCCAGCAAGUAUAUAUUUGAUAUUAUUUAAUAUAUAUACUUUAUAUGGGGACCAGUAUAUAAAUUGCAGAAUAAUAAUUAUGAUAUUAUUCAGGUUUUAGGACGAAAUGUGAAGCGUAGAGUGUUUUAGUAUUAAAUUAUUAAAUUGAUAGCUAAGACUAAAAUUCUAAAGGCCAAAUUAUUGUUUCCUGAUGAUAUAAAAUUAUUUGAAAUACUAACUUAUCCCUGAAUAUUAUUGUCUCCCAAUCGUAAAAAACUCGGGCAUUUUCUAUCGAAUAUGGAAAUGGAAAAUAACCGAUGUGUUCCGUUUGAUUGUCACCGCUACUAAAGAUUACACUCUACAAUUAACAUGUUGUAUAUUUUGCGCAAUGUUUUACGCAGAAAUAUCCAUUGGCGAGCUGGAAGGAAAACCAUCUAGCUUUUAUAAAGAAGACUGUUCUCUAUUGUGAUUGCUUUAUUGUUCCUUUUGCAAUGCCUUUCAAAAGAAAUAACAUAAUGUUAUUUUCUCAUAAAGCAUAAUAAUAAUUUAAAGGGGCUAGACACCAGAUGAUGCCAUUGCAAGAAAAAAAAGAAUAUUGUCAAAAACUAACAUAAAAUAAAUAUCGUUGUGUACAACGCAUUGCAUAUUAUUGACUGAUGUAUCACAUGACUAACGACACAUGCAUCUUUCCGAAAUUUUGCGCAUUUUCCAAUUAGAAAUUUACUGGGUUUGUAUAACACGUAAAUAGUAAAUUUGUAAAAAGCGUCGGUAUAUGUAUCUGUACUUAUCACGUGACUUUCACAUGCUCAGUAUUCAUAAGAUAAACUGGGAAACCGUUAUGAGCUAUUUUUAUAAACCCAGCUUUGACGGCGACGAAAUAUUAUUUUAAUCAUGUAAAGUGAUUUAUUAUCGGUCUCAAACUAGAUCGUAUUGUCAAUUCUUGGUUGGUUUUGAGGAAAUACUGUUUUUCCUGAUUUUGAGACUAUCUGGUGUCUAGUCCCUUUAACGAUAGUGUUUUUUCGCAUGCUUGUGUAUUUUAAUGUUUUUUAAAUCAUUGAAGUACUGAAGCACGCUUAUCUGUUUAUAUAAACCUGUAUGUACAAACUGCUUUCUGUUCUAACCGUAUCAUGCUUUUGUUACUGAAAUACAUCGGCUAUGUAAACAUGUUUUUCUAUACGUUACAAUGUUUCACAUGAUCCCAUGCUGUACAAAACAAAUGUUUAUCAAAUCCCAUCGGAAACUAUUUCAUUGUAUCCCAAGUAGAUCGCAAAUCAUUUACAUAUUAGUCACAGAUUCAUUUUCAUACUUGAAACAUACAUCUUUAAUCUGAUGAAUGUAUUAUCCUCAACUAUAACAACUUAAGAAUCACGUCUCAGCCUUUGUGUACAUUAUGAGCUAAACUGUGUUUCGUUUGAGAAACAGUAGUAGGAACCCUAUAUUGAUAUACAUGAGAUACUCUUAUUCUGAUAAAUUGUUCGCGCCGACUUCAUGCUUUGCAUUAAUAUGCGUCAUUCUUUUAUACCCGUGUUGUAAAGUAUAAUGUAUAUAUCUAAACCUCUCAGACAUACGAGCUUAUGUUUACUUUAUUGUUGUAUCUGUGUUUUACCUAAACUUUCUACAGAAAAUAGAACAUUCAAAUUAAACUGCUUAAAUAUUUAAAGUAACUCGCACAUUGUUUGUAAAACCUUUUAUUUACGUAAUUAAGUGUGGCAAAUCAUUUGGAGUGUUUUGAAAAAAGCUUGAUCCCUUCAGCAAAUAAUGAUAUGUAAUAUAUGUCAAUAUACAGAAUAUAAUCGUUGUAUUUCGAUAUCGAAAAUUUGUAUUUAAUGUCAUGGUCAUAUAAUGUAAAAUCAAUUUGUUGAAUUCAAGUGACAUUCUUAUUCAAAAUCAAUACUUACACAUGUAUAACAAACAUACACUUUGAGUGAUAAACUUUUAACUACUAACUAAACUAUUUUAUUUCUGAUAACAAGAUUCUAACCGUGUAUUUAAUAGCUGAAAACGCAAAAUAUUAAGUGAUUGGUUAAUGCUAAAAGAUUUACUGUAAUCUACUAUCGUUUCAUAAGGUAGAAAUACCGUGUUUUCUACAACUUUCUUUCAAAUUAAACACGGUAUCCUUUAUAAGACCCAUUGUUUUCGACAUUUAUUUAUACUUUCUGAUAUGUUAAAACAAAUGGAUUUAUUGUGUUAAUUAUUUUUUGGGAGUAAGAGUGCACCUUUAACUUUAUAUUCGAAAAAGUCAUCCUUCAUGAUUUGUGCCCUUAUUGGUAAUUUCUGGAUGUAUUAAAUAUUUGCUGUAUCUCUUUGUGAUCAACAAUGCGAUAAAGAUUAUGGUUUCUGUUAUUGUUGUUGUUGCUUUAUUCACUUCAAGAAUGUGAAUAUAGGCUUACCUAUUUUGAACAUAUAAUAAUUUUGAUUAGAUUCGGCCAAUUUUCAUUUUUAAAUCGCCGCUGUUAAAUCCGUAUUUUAAAUAAGAAUAUUACCAUUGGAAAUUGCAAAAACAAACAAAAUAAUUUGUUCUUUAGUUAGUUGUAUAAAACCUCAA